GGUCAGCAUUCAAUUUCGAACACUUACAGAGCUACUGAUUAUGAGGAUUUAUUCACCACUACACCACCGUUGAGAGGAAUAACACAAGCCAUCAAGCCUCCUGUUCUUUUCAAACUGAAACUGAAUUGAACGUCUAUAUUUUCGAACCAAGUUGUGAACCAUUUGAAUACUAUUAAAACAAGUAACAUCAUCAUCUUCUAUUCGUACAUUUGAAGUGGAAUUUGAUCUUCAGAGCAGUACAAAUCUCAAAGAUUGACGUAAGUAAAUAGACUGCCUGUCCCUUGAGAUUCGAAACAGCGCCAUGCGUUUUCGCCCUGUUGACCUUCACGACGAAUGAGCAGGUCGAGUGUUGUCGUACAUUAAGUUGACCUGUCCCUUUGACCGUAAAUAUUUGCUAAUUUCGGUUCUUAGUAGUCGUUAUGAGUUUACCAUGUGUCUGUAAUUUGGAAUUUUAUCACAAUUUGUUCAGAAGAUCUCUGGGUUCAAGGACCGUGCACGGACCAGUUAUGAAAUAAACUCGAAGCAGUUUUUCUCAGAGCUGAAUGAUAUCUUUUUGUACAGAAUCUCCUAACGUCCACCUCUAUAUAGCGUUUCAAUUGGACUUUCGGAACAAUGAUGUAUUUAGAACCCAAAUAAUUACAUGCUCUUCACAUAUUUCCCGAAUUGAUUGAAAGUUGCUCUCUUUAAAACUUACUUGUUGCGUGAUUUAUACCCUAACUAUUUAGUGAUUACUCUUCACAAAUAGUUAUGUCCUAAGACCGUUUUGGUUUGUCAGGACUGAACACUUAUUCCAUCCUGCAAAUUACGUAACACUUAUGGAAUUUAAUAAACAGCAUUUUCAUGCACCAAGUAUAUUCAUUUCAGUUGGCCAGUUAAGGUUUAAUUAACAGUGGCUUCUGUGUUUUGUCUUCUAGAUUGUUCACCUCUAAGCAUAUUAGUUGAGGACGCGAUACGAAAUCCCUUCAAAUAUUUUGUUUUUCAUGCAUGCUCUUGAUAAAAUGGGAGAUGAAGAAAUUAAUUUGAAGGAGGCUCUUAUCAGGUCCCUAAACGAAGAGGGUAUUUUACCAAAGCUUGAAGUACCUGUGUAAUGUCGAUAACGUUUCGUUACUAGGCCCAGCUAAAGGCAGCAGUAUACUUAGCUCUAGAAAAGCACAACUAUGCCGAAGGAAUACCGCUUUCAAAUCAGUCCAUUCGGUCCUUAUGGUCUACAGAAGAUGCAAGGCUUGAUCAUAGCAUCCCUAUUGGUGGAUUUUAUGAAUAUAAUGAAACUUGAAAAUACGUUAAAUGUCCUAAUGGAUGAAGCGCAGAUGGUUUGGUGUUGUUUACAAUUUUAAGCUUGUAGAAACAUCUAGAACUUCUUGACCGAGAUAAGUUGAUGGCCAUUCUACCUACUGAAUGCAAUUCAAGCAACUCUCCAGUGCUACUGAACUUGAUUGAAACACUUAAACACCUCCGGAACCAAAAAAUAGAUGAAACAGAUUCAUCUACUUCAGCAUCAAAUAAUUCACGUAAUAAUUUUGAAUCCCAGGUAUCAGAUAAAACACUCAACACUCCAAAUCGCAACGUUAAUGGUUCGUCAAAAGUUAAAGAAGCUAUAAACACUUCCCAGGAAACUCCCCUUCAAGAAGUAGUCACUAAUCACAGCAGCAGAACGCAAAUGCGUACAUCUAUAAUUGGAUCUACAGAUUCUCCGCGACCUUCAACACCGAAUUCUCCGGCUUUGAGUAGUGUUGGUAAGGUCGAAUCUCCUGGAAGGACGAAUUCAGGAGGGAGUUCACCGUCCAUAGUCAGGGUGUUUGCACCAGUGAAAAAACAAUCGUCUUUAAACGAUGACAAAUCAGAUGUUGAUGAUGACGAUGAUGAUAUUGAAGAAGUGUUAAGGGCUGAAGAGUCAGUGGCAGAUGAUACAGUCGACCAAACUGUUGAUUCAGAACAGAGUUUAGGCUUAGACUAUGUUGAAGAAAUACAACCACUACAAAACUCUGUCUCAUUAACACGUACUGUUUAGUGGUCAUGAAUUGUUAUAUUCUAUAAUGACGUGAAAUUUUCUUAGGUUUCAGGUUGUUUUCCUUUGAUUUCUGCAUCGUAUAACAAUAAUCCAAUGUUUCUUUUCUAGUGUUUUGUACUAUUUGUUCCCUGAUUUGCGAUUCGUUUACAGCUAUCGUUUUAGUAAUAUUUCCAUUCAAUUAACAAAUCAUUAUCGAAUGAUAACCUGAAUUUUCAUGUGUUAAUGCUAGAAAUAUAUCAGUGUAUAAAACAUCAUAUAUGUUUACUGCUUAAAUAAAAAAUCUUUGAUGGG